AUGAACAGAAAGCCCUGCUUCAAGCACAAGCCAUUGGGUGAAAUUCCUCUGGAAGUCAGUCCAUUAAAAGGAAAACCUUUUACAAACACAGAGAUGCCAAAGCCAGACUUCAUCAUCAUGUGCAAAAAGAUUUGUGACCCUCUGGUCCAGGAGGCAAAGAUAAUUUCCACCACCAACAGUAGUACCUCCAUCAAGGAUUUGCACCAUCCAUUGCCACCACUGUCUUCCAGCCUCCAUGAUGAGAUGGGGACAUCACUGAAGAAAAGCGUCCAUAUCAUGGAGAAAGGCACUGGAAAUGGACUUAAAAGAAAUAAAAUGAACUUUCCUUGCAACAAGUAUACCAAACCAGUUUGCAAGGAGAGUGAACUGUUUGUUGUUGCUGUUGGCCUUAUCCCCUCUCCCCCUGAGAAACCGCCAAGACGGGGAGCCUCAAAUCCUAGGAUCUGUAAAACUCGGGUGCUGGAACAGUCGGUUCCACCUAAGCCUUUUAAUUCCAUAGUUCCAGAGGCAUUAGAAAGUAUUAAUAGUGACAAAUGGCAAAUUAAGGUUGCAGGCCUUAAUGACAUCCAACAGCUUGCAGCCACCCACCCAUUAUUGCUCAAACCUCAUGUGAACAGCAUCAGAGAAGCUGUGAAUAGAGAGGUACUAAGUUUGAUACCUGUUGUCUCCAAGGCUGCAAUCCAAUGCAUGGAAAGCUUGUUCUGCCAUCUUACAAGCUGUAUGCUGGAAAACUUGGACCAAUGUCUCAUGGGACUGCUGUUAAAGGCUGGAAGACCUGGCUCUGUUUUACAUCACAAAGUGGAUAUGGCCAUUCUCAAAGCCCUGGAAAAUAUAACACCUGAGCGUUUGCUGUGCAAUUUCCCCAGCAUUGUACUCAGUAACAGAAAUAAUGCAGUAAGGGUAUACGCGGCAAAGUUCCUACGCAUCUUGGUGGAACGGGUGGGUUUGGAUCAAAUUCUGUUUGGCGCUUGGGACGCCCAGAAGAAAGUUCUGCCUGCCUUGGUCACUCUGGUCAAAGAUAAUGACCUAGAUGUUAAACAUCACGGAUUAAAAAUGCUAUGUGAACUCCAAAGAAAAACUGGAUUCCUUAACAUCAUGGAGAAAUACGUGUCGCAAGCAAACAUGGCAGUCGUAUGUGAUAUCAUUUCCAAAAAGCACUCCAAGAGACAAACUACAAAGCAACAAGGCAUCCGCUAA